GACAACAGCGGGCAGUUUAAAGGGAGAAACUAAGGCUGUAUCACCAUGGCAACCAUUCGAGAUCUGGAACUGUAAUACAUUUGUCGAGUAUGGUUGAAUUCACUCUAAACAUCGCUAAAGCUGCUGAGUUCACGGCAAGCUGACUUGGACAACGGUAGCCAUUGCACACACACGGAAUUAAGUAAUGGCACGUCCAGUGAUCUCUCCACUUAAUAUUCAAGCCACAGCUCCUGAGACCUUCUCUGUGUUACAGCAGAGAAUGCGUGUAGCCGAGGAACAGACACAGUCACUAAUAAGUGAUCUACAGGCACUUGGCAUGAACUGCCAGGGCAUGGAAUUUGACUGUCACAAGUCAGCUUCGCUGCUUCGCCCUAUCAGUCCUGUGAAGGUUCGAUCUGCAUUUGUUGGGGACAAUGACACACUGUGGAGAAAUUGUGAAAACUUGGUUAAUCGUAUGUGUCGCAUGGAAAGUGUCAUGCAAACCCUGAAACUUGGAGUAUUCCGACUACACACAAAGAUGAAACUAAACCCAAAGCAGUCUGCUGAAAUUGAACAACGUCUGAAUGAAGUACAGGAAGAGCAUGCUCGCGAGUUGAGAUCUGCACAGCUGGAAGUGAUGAGAUUGCGCCAGCAGUUGAACAGUGAGAUUGAGGAGAGGGAGAGAGAAGAGGAAGCCAAAGAACGACUUAGUGCUGCGUUGGAGAUUGCUACAGCCACGAAGACAGAUGUGGCAAUUGCUGCUGAGAAAAUGAAAGCAUCAAAAGUUCGUUUGAAACAAAGAGUUAAAGAGUUACAGGAAAAGCUAUCCCAGGAGGCUGCACUGCGGGGUUUGUUAGAGGAGGAUCAAGCAAACAUGCUUCACAGGGUGGAGGACAUGAAGCAGGUAGUGGAGGACGAGAGAAUGCAUGUAAAAGAACUACAGCAAAGCUGGCAGAUAAUGUGUAAAGAAGGACAGGAACUGAAAAGCAGACUGGAAGCUGAGGAGCUGAGAAGUCAACAACUGGAGAAUGAGAACAUGAAGCUCCGCUCUGAUCUAGAAGGCAAAGACUUGCUCAUCAAACAACUGCAAGAGGAAUCCCAGAUGUCCCAGCGAUCUCGUGAUGCAGAGCAGGCUGACUUGACAAAGGUCCGAACUGAUUUGGAGACUCUGCAAGGAGCAGCUGAAAAAGUUCAGUGUUUGAACCAGAAGUUGGAAGCAGAGUGUUCAGCGCUCACUGCGACAGUACAGAAACUUUCCACAGAAAAAGUACAUCUCUUAACACAACACCAACAGGAGCUAAAGGCUGCACAGGAAACUAUGGAGCAGAAGCUGCAGGAAAAACAGUUGAUCCUCAGUGCAACACAGGCAAGUCUGACGGCAGAGCUGCAAAAUUUCCAGAGCCUGGGAACACAGCGGGAGAGGGAGCUAGAGGCCCUACGUGCGGAGCAUACUGAGUGCCAGAGGAAGGCAAUGCAUGUAGAGCAGAAAUUUGCCGUACAGAAGGAGGUGCAAGAGUCAACAAUUACACGCCUUAGGGGUGACCUGGACUGUGCACUCAGAGAUAGAGCUGCGUUGGAAAAUGAGAAGUCCGAAUUGCAAGAAGAGAUGGUUAAAAUUCAGGGUAAUUUCCAAGAGCUGAACCAAAACCUGGAAGUAGAGGUGGCUGAGAAAAAGUUAGAAUUGGCGUCAGUUCAGAGUGCUUUAUUGGCUCAAGAACAGGAGAACAAGCGGCUCAUGGAGUGUGUGGCAUUACUGGAGCAGGAACAGCAUUCUCGAAGACAAGUGGAGAUGUUACUGAAUGAGCUGAUGGAGAGCAAGAAUAAACUGGCAUAUGAAAAGGGAAAACUACAGAGCACUGUAGAACAGCUAAAGGCAGAGUUACAGUCUCUUGGUGAUGCUAAUACUGAAAACUCCCAGCUUCGCAAACUCAAUAAUGCCCUGGAGACAAAAUAUACGCAGGCAAACGCAGAACUUGGAUCUUGCCGGAUUCGCCUACAGAGAGCAGAAGCUAGGCUUCAGCAGGCUCAGUCAGUGUUACUUCGUAAGGAGGAAGACUUCACACUUGCUAUUAAGUCCAGGGAUGAGACUCUGAAAGAAGAAACAAGAUUGAGAGGGCAGUUGGAAGCUGCAGAGGAGAGAGAGGAGCAAAAUAUGUCGGCCAUGCAACAGCAGUUAUCUGAAGUCAGAGAAGAGAGGAACAGGAUGUCCAGUAUGUUGGAGAAUGUGGUGACCUCACAUACACAGCUCCAGCAAGAUCUGGAAAAGCUGCAGACAGAACUUGGACAUAGGGACUCCAACAUCGCUGCAUUACUUAAAGAGAGGGAUCACUGCCAAAAGCAAAUAAAGACACUAGAGGGUGAGCUGUCGGAGUACCAGGCAAAGCUACAGUCCAUCGAAUCCCAGAAACAUGCACAGAUUGCACCACUGCACAGAGCUAUGGAAGUGGCACAUGAGGAUAAUAAGACACUCGCACAUGCUUUGGAGCAGGCUCUACAGAAGAGCUCCAGCCUUCAGAUCCGCUUGAAUGAGCUAGAGAAGGAUUUGAAAAGCAAGGAGUUUCAGGAGCAGCAGAUGAAAAUUCUUAGGUCACAAGCUGAGGAAGAUAUCCAUAUUCAACAACAGCAGUAUGAGGAGCGUAUCACAACACUGAAGAAACAGCAUUUGGAGGAAUGCAAGGAGGCUAAGAGGGCAGCAAGACGAGACACGGCGGAGUUAAAGAAAGUUUUAGAUUGUGCUACCGCUAAGUCAGCUGAACUGUCCCGCACAAAUAGAGAGCUCCGGAACAGUAUGUCAGAACAUGAGAAAGCGGUGCUGGAUCAAAAGAAUCUGAUACACAGUCUGAGAACCCAGCUAAAAACUCGGCUAGAAAGUAAAGCAGCCCACAGGGAAACUGACAGGGUUCAAUUGCUAGAGGCUGAACUGAAACACAUGAAACAAGUGAAGACAGAAUUUGAGAAGAGCAAUAAGGAGCAGUCAAAGCUCAUAGAAGAGUUCAUGGCUGAAGUUGAAAGUCUACGCAGAGCUAUAAAAGCAUCUUCACAGAAUGCAGAAGAGACGGCCCUAUGCAGCCAGCUGGAGGCAGAGACACAGCUUAGGAAGAAUUUGGAAUAUAAAUGCAAGGGCCUUCAACAGAGAGUUCAAGAACUGCAGAAGGAAAAAAACCUAAUUGAGGAAAAACUAAGAAAGGCUAGUGUGGAGUCUGAGCAAAUCAGUCGUAACCUGGAGGAAGCUCAUAGUUGGUUUCAGUCCCAGUUUGAGGAACUUCAGCUGGAAAAUCAAGAGAAGAGGCAGCAGGACAUCAAUCAAUCUCCAUUGACAAGCACACUGGUUGAUUCAAGAGGAAACAAUAUGGAAAAUCUGCAACGCUUACCUUAUUCAGCUGUAAGCCAUUUUGAGACCAAAGAGAAGCUAAAACUGAUCUCUAGAAAUUACCAAUCUAAAGAAGCAAACAGCAUCCCUACACGGACAGAGUGUGACAUGCCAUCCUAGUAUUGAUAGUGUUGCUAACAUCUAACGUAGUAAUGGAUCAGGCUUGUUCGAUCCCCAGAAC